AUGGGCCCCGUCUCCCCGGUCUGGGACCUUCCUCCUCCCCGUUUGUGUAGAGAACCAGACAGUGUGGCUGAGAAAGGGAGGGAGACGCUUCCGCAGAAACUUAAGGGGCGGUUUCCUACAAGUCAGUUUUCAGAAACAGAUUUUUUUUUCUCGACAAAAAUACACACAGCCUCACAGAAGCAGCCUCUGCAUCAGCUUUACCAGCUCUAUUUUUAUCUUAAGCAGACGGGGACCCAUGGACCUCAGUCCACUCCGGGCAGCGUGUCUGUGUCCGAGAAUGAACGAGUCACAGGAAAGGCCAGUGGUGACAGAAGCGUGAGGGGGCCGUGGUGGCAGGUCCCUGAGAUCAGUGUCUGCCUGCCCCACAAAAGAUAG